UUAAGGGCUUAUCGGUUCAAUCCCGUGUGAUAUAUCCAAAGGAGUUUUCCUUUUCUCCCUUCACGAAUUCUCAUUCCCUUCAAUGAUCAAUGCAUCCAAUCAAUCAGGCCGCCGUAUUCUGUCAUUCCCGGCGGUUCAUCCCUGCGAAGGCGUGUCUCCGGCCGCCCUUCUCGCUUCUCUGAUCUCACUCUCUCAGACCAUAUGCAGUUUCCAAUCCGAGUUCUUCCCCACCCAACGUCGAAAUUCCAGAGAGAUAAUUCGCCAACUUGGUAUCAUCCUCCUCUUCCUGGAGGAAAUUCGAGAUCGUGGUGUCCCUGUAAGGGACUCUGUUGCUCUCUGCUUCUCCGAGCUUCACCUUACUCUCCAAAAAAUUCACUUUUUGCUCUCAGAUUGUACUCGUGAUGGUGCUCGGCUGUGGAUGCUCAUGAAAUCGGAACACGUCGCCACUCAAUUCAGGGUUCUGACUCGCGCGUUAGCAACUGCUCUUGAUAUUCUGCCUCUGAGUAGCAUCGAGAUUUGUGACGAAGUAAAGGAGGUAGUGGAAUUAGUUGCUAAGCAAGCUCAGAAAGUGAGGCUCGAACUAGACCCACACGAUGAACUCGCCACCAAGCAGGUCCUCUCAGUUUUGAAUCAGUUCGAUAGAGGAAAAGAACCCAACUUGAGUACCGUGAAGAGAACCUUGAGCUACUUGGGAAUACAAAAUUGGAAUGAUUGCAACAAAGAGAUUAAAUUCUUGGAAGAUGAAAUCAACUUUACCUACUCUGAAGGUGACGAGAGGGAGGUUCCUUUUCUGAGUAGUUUAGUUGGGUAUUUAUGCUAUUGCAGGGUAGUGAUUUUCGAAACUCUGGAUUUUCAACAAACCGCCACUGACCCAUCGGAGAUGAGGUAUAGCACGGAGAUGAUUAACUUCAUAAACCCACAGGACUUUCGAUGUCCGAUCUCUUUGCAACUGAUGACCGAUCCUGUGACUGUAUCAACUGGCCAGACGUACGAUCGAGCAUCCAUUCAGAAAUGGCUCCAAGCUGGAAACAGGACAUGCCCAAAAACAGGGGAGAAGCUCGCAAACACGGAGCUCCUCCCAAACACGACCCUCAGAAAGCUAAUCCACCAGUUCUGUGCCGAUAACAGAGUUUCCGCCGCCAAGUCCGGUCACCGGAGUCGCGACAUAACGAGAACCAUCGUCCCCGGUAGUACAGCUUCGGCACACGCCAUGCAAUUCCUUUCAUGGUUCAUUGCUAGGAGGCUUGUCUUCGGAACAGAUGAGCAGAAAAACAAGGCAGCUUACGAAAUUCGAGUGCUUGCAAGGUCCAACAUUUUCAACAGAGCAUGUUUGGUUGAAGUCGGAACAGUGCCCUCGUUAAUCAAUCUCCUGGACUCGGAUGAUAAAUCAACACAAGAGAACGCAAUCUCCGCUCUACUGAAGUUGGCAAAGCACACCAAUGGACAGAAAACGAUAAUGGAAAGUGAUGGACUAACACCAAUCCUCGUGGUUCUCAAAAAUGGAAUUACUUUAGAAGCUCGUCAGACUGCAGCUGCUGUAAUAUUCUACCUUUCUUCCACGAGAGAAAACAGGAAAAUAAUUGGAGAGAACCCUGAAGUAAUCCCAGCGUUGGUAGAACUAAUCAAGGAAGAAACAACAGCCUUCGGGAAAAAGAAUGCCAUAGUCGCCAUUUUCGGGCUUCUCUUGCUUCCCCAGAAUCAUCAGAAAGUGCUUGACGCUGAUACUGUUCCCACGCUAGUCAGUAUCUUAGCUUCGUCAGAAAAAUCCGACCUUACCACAGAUUGUUUGGCGGUUCUUGCAGCGUUGGCGGAGAACUUGGAGGGAGCAAACGCUAUGUCAAAAGCAUGUGCUUUGCCUUUGAUCUUGGGGAUGUUGCAGACAGUAACACGGCGCGCAGAGAAAGAACAUUGUGUGGCUAUUUUGAUGUCGAUGUGCAUGCAUAUCGGAGAAGAGGUGGUGGGUGUUCUGGCGAAGGAUCCUUCGUUGAUGCCAUGGCUUUACUCGCUGCUCACCGAUGGUACUUCUCAUGCGGCCAAGAAGGCGCGUUCUCUGAUCAGAGUUCUUCAGGAAUUCAACGAAACUAGAACUUCUAGGUGGGUUGGAUCGUCCGUCGUGCCAGAACGAUCCCUUCACAUUUGGUGAAUACAUAUACAGAUCACAAAUAAUAGGGUACAGAUUUGCAGAUACUGUGUGCAUAAUAAUACUGAUUGAUCUAAUACAAAAAUUUGAAAAUUAUGGAAUUGGCUCCAUGAUUUUUUUCCCCGUCAAGGAGCUAAGCUCGACGAGUAAUGCUAGUCAUCAUCGAUGAAGUUUUGUGAAGAUAGAUCCAAGAAUGACGUACUUGGAUUCAUUCAGUUAAGAUGUUGCGUUUGAUUCUAGCUCAAUUGUUGAAAUAACAUAGAGAAUUGGUCUUCGCUAUGUGCAUAUUUAGAAAGCUUUCUUUUGAUUUUGGGCUAUAAUUCAGUGGAAUUAUAAAUUUUAGUUCUAUGAUUGUGAUGUUUUUUUUUUAUAUGAAACUAAACAUAUAUUUAGAAAU